GACUUGUCGGAUCAAUGCAGCUCUUAAGUUUGCUAUUCUUAUUGCUCUUCCAAUAUUAUCUGCCCUGUGGUUGGCUCUUAGCAUCUUUGGGAGCGUUCUUGUAGGGAUUGGCUAUGGUUUUUUCACUCCAUGGGUGUCAACUUUUGAAGCUUUCCGACAUAAAACUGAAAUGAAGAAGUUCCUCCAUAGCAUUGUGGACGGGACAUUGGGAACGAUCAAAGGCAGUUGUACGGUGGUUAGAGAUUUUGCAGACUUCUGCUAUCAUUCCUAUCCACUUUACUUGAAAGAGUUUCGGGAAAGCACCAGUGAACAACAUACUUACUCUAUAAGGUUGGUAGAUAUUCCAGCUUGUAUUGUUGUGGGUCUCUUAGGAUUGAUUGUGGAUGUCCCACUUUAUACCAUCAUAGCAUUGAUAAAAAGUCCCUACAUGCUUUUUAAGGGCUGGCAAAGGUUGCUUCAUGAUGUUAUAACUCGAGAAGGUCUAUUCCUUGAAACCGCCUGCGUACCUGUUGCUGGUUUAGCCUUUCUUCUCUGGCCGCUUGUUGUCAUUGGGAGUGUUCUUUUGGCUAUUUUAUCGAGCAUUUUUGUUGGCUUGUAUGGUUCAAUUAUUGUAUAUAAGGAAAGAUCUUUCAGGAGGGGAGUUGCUUAUGUAGUUGCCAUUGUUGCAGAGUUUGAUGAAUACACGAAUGAUUGGUUGUAUCUAAGAGAAGGUUCUCUUCUUCCAAAGCCUAAAUACAGCAAAAGGAGUAGAUCUCACUCAUCAGAAUCUUCUGUUGGAGCUAGUACCAGAAAAGGAAUAAAGAAUGGUUCUGUCCGUCAAGAUGCACCCGCAUUGUUUGUACCUAGCUUGGCUCCUUCCAGAUCUGUUAGAGAGACAAUCCAAGAAGUGAAGAUGGUGCAGAUAUGGGAGGAGUGGAUGGAGUCCAUAGAACUGCGAGGCAAAGAACUUCUUGAUGCAAAUAUAGUCACUGAAGAUGAGCUAACUGAAUGGCUGAGGACAAAGGAAGCCAAACAAGAUAUUGUUGGCUUAGGUUUGCCUUCUUAUGCAUUCUUGCACUUUAUGCUCUAUUCCAUUGAGGCUGGUUCCAAUGGACUACUUCUGAGUAAUGGCAUUGAAGUCAACCACCUGAACAGACCUCAUGAUCGGCUGUUAGAUUGGUUUUUCCACCCUGUGAUGGUACUUAAAGAGCAAAUCAAGGUCAUAAAAUUGGAGGUGGAGGAGGUGAGGUUCUUGGAGAAGUUGGUUCUUUUUAAUGGUGAUAAUAUGAGCAUGCAGUCCUGGGAGAAUGGGUCUGUUGUUCCCCAAGAUGCUCUAAAGAAUGCUCAAAUGCAGGCUAUUAGCCGGAGGUUGGUAGGCAUGAGCAGAACUAUUACAAAAUUUCCAACUUACAGAAGAAAAUACAGACAUGUGGUGAAGAGUCUUAUUACAUACUGUCAAGAAAAGGAAGUCUCAGCCUCCACAAAAAUUCAAUUCAACAGGUCAGCAUCCUCAGUUGAGAUUGCUCCAAUUGAUGUUUAGCUUUUUAUAGUGUUUGUUACCAAUAUAUUUCUUUAUAGCUUGUGCUAGUUUUGCAAAUUUGUUUGGUUUUAUUAAACACAGAACUGAAUGUAAUUAGCAUUGCAAUGUGAAAUAGAGGGAUCCAACAUAUUGUAUGAUCAAAUGACUUCAGAUUUGUAUGUAAAUGUGAUGUGAAGAAAAUUAAUGAUCAGUUUUGAUGUAGCUACUUCAUGUUCAUUUA